UAAUGGGUUCCUCCUCCUGCAGGUCGACGUAUGAACACCAACUGGCGGCCGGAAGUAGGGACAACGGGCAUGGUGAGCGAGGAGGACAAGUGCCGGCUCUUCAGCGAGCCUAACCACGAUUCCAUGGAGUUCUACAGCCCCCUCUACCCCAACGACUACCCCAAGGACACCGAGUGUAUCCUCAGACUCGAAGCUGCGUACGGCUACGUAAUACGAAUAGACUUCCGGGACUACUUUGACAUGGAACCGUCGGAGAAGUGUGAAUUCGACUUCCUGGAGGUGCGGGACGGUGCUCACGGGUACUCUGACCUGAAGGGUCGCUACUGCGGCCACGACUUCCCGCCUAUUAUCACCUCCAAGGACAGUCACUUGUGGCUCAGGUUCACCUCAGACGAGACCAUAGAGUACAAGGGCUUUAAGGCCGUCUAUCAAUACAUAGAAAAUACAGGUGAGUUGUGUUGAUUGUUUCUGUACCUGGCAAUGUGUGUUACGUAGUUAUCUUUUCAAUAUGUAAUUUUCUAUGUUAUCUUCUGUUGUCAGCCUUAUGAGCGAAUGCAAACGUUCAUUAAUUUAAUUUUACGGAGGUUAACACAGUUUUAACCGGGCGACGACGUGUGCUGGGACUGUUUUGUCUCGGUCAACAAACGAGCUGUAUAGUACACACACAUCCACCUGAAUAAGUUCGUUGGUCUACACUCUCGCUGUUGCCUCACUUCUGGGAGACAAAGUGAUAAUAUUGAGUGUUAGGAGGAAAGUCACACAGCGGAAAAAACAGAAUUAACCUCCUUACCUUACCUUACCCAACUCAUCCCUCCCUUACCCUACCCUACCCCCUCACCUUACCUUAAUCAUCC